CGUCCGCGGCGGCCCUGCCACCGACCCCGGGUCCCUGCCGGCAGGCGCUCGGGGAGGACCGGGCGGCGGCGCUGCUGCUGGCGGCGGCUGCCUGGAUGCGAGACCCGCGCGGACCCGGCGGACGGCGGCUCUCGACUCCGGAAAGCGGAUCGCGGAGCGGACGAGCCCGGGCGCGCUGGCCAUGGCCUCCAACUUUAACGACAUAGUCAAGCAGGGCUACGUGAAGAUCCGCAGCAGGAAGCUGGGGAUUUUCAGACGAUGCUGGUUGGUUUUUAAGAAGGCCUCUAGCAAGGGACCCAGAAGGUUAGAAAAAUUUCCAGAUGAAAAGGCGGCUUAUUUCAGAAACUUUCAUAAGGUAACUGAAUUGCACAAUAUCAAAAAUAUAACCAGACUGCCUCGAGAGACAAAGAAGCAUGCAGUGGCAAUUAUCUUUCAUGAUGAAACGUCAAAGACAUUUGCCUGUGAAUCAGAGCUGGAGGCCGAGGAGUGGUGCAAGCACCUCUGCGUGGAGUGUCUGGGGACCCGGCUCAACGACAUCAGCCUUGGGGAGCCAGACCUUCUGGCAGCAGGAGUGCAGCGGGAACAGAACGAACGGUUCAAUGUGUAUCUUAUGCCUACACCAAAUCUGGAUAUUUAUGGUGAAUGCACAAUGCAGAUUACUCACGAGAAUAUCUAUCUCUGGGAUAUCCACAAUGCCAAGGUCAAACUGGUGAUGUGGCCUCUCAGCUCACUGCGGAGAUAUGGUCGGGACUCGACAUGGUUCACAUUUGAAUCAGGAAGAAUGUGUGACACAGGAGAAGGACUAUUCACUUUUCAAACAAGGGAAGGAGAAAUGAUCUAUCAGAAGGUCCAUUCCGCGACACUGGCCAUAGCUGAGCAACAUGAAAGAUUAAUGCUAGAGAUGGAGCAGAAGGCCCGGCUUCAGACAAGCUUGACUGAACAAAUGACAUUAUCCAAAUCAAUAUCUCUUCCUCGUAGUGCGUACUGGCAUCACAUCACCCGCCAGAACAGCGUUGGAGAAAUCUACAGUUUGCAAGGCCACGGGUUCGGCUCGUCCAAGAUGUCUCGAGCACAGACGUUCCCCAGCUACGCGCCGGAACAGAGCGAGGAGGCGCCGCAGCCCCUGUCGCGCUCCAGCAGCUACGGGUUCAGCUACAGCUCCAGCCUCAUCCAAUGACACGCGCCGAGCCGCCGCUGACCAGAGAGACAGUCCGUCCUGGACCCGCCUGUGGGGUCACUGCGCCCUCUGCCUCCUGGAAGACCAACUGCAGUACACAUUGAAAUGGGUCGGGUCUAGAGCCCCAGUCCCAUUGGAAGGUUAAAAACUGGAGUUCCGCUUCCUUGAUUCAGUGGCUAAGUCCUUUAUUUAUUGAAUUUCUUUGGGGGAAAUCUAUGUUUUACAAAAAUAGAAUCCAAAUCGUACGAACAGUCAUUUAAAUAAACAAAAUUCUUUGGGUCUGACGGUAGCAGAAGCCUUGGCACCAUGAGAAGUUGCCCACACUGGGUUGGGGUUGUGCUUGGGUGGGGGGCACCUCCCCCUAACUCGACAGCUCGGUCCCCCCGUCUGAGCACAGGGUCUAUCCUUGAGACAUGAUGGUGACCCCACCACAAGCUCUGUGGCUUUUAAAGUUUUGACGAGAACAAAUCCAGUAAGUUCUACAAAUGGCAUCAUAACUUCAUAUAAAUAAGCCCAGUGACAAUUAAGGGAACAUGAAAUUCAGAACACACUAUUAAGCAGGGUCCUGUAGCUCUACUCUGUGUGUGUGUGUGUGUGUGUGUGUGUGUGUGUGUGUGUAGACAAAUAAAGAUAUGGAUAUUGCUGUAUCCAUCUAUAUAUAACAAGUAUGUAUCAAACAUGUGCUGAGGGUGACAGGAUAUGCUCACUUAAACUGUUGAAAACUGUAAUUCGAUGCAUUAAAAUUAAGAUUGUUAUGUUGAAUAGCUAUUUUUAAAAUAGUGCUGUAAAAAAAAAAA